ACGCGCUGGGAUCGGAGCAGGCGCGGGCUGGCAGCGGGGGCCGGGACGAGGGGAGGCGAGGCGAGGCGAGGCGAGCGCUCUCACACGGUUAUCAGGGGGGGAAAAGUUGCCUGCGCGGAGAGCUAGGCAGGCGCAGGCUCACACGGCGGCCGCAGCGGCAGGGCGGGGCCCGGAGCACCGGGCGGCGGCGCAGCAGCCUCGGAGCGCGACCUCGCUCCCCACCGUGACCCGCUCGGACCGCGCCACAUCCCGGGUUCCAGAGACUUUUGCGCACUGCCAUGGGUGGCAUCGGGGAGCCCGGUGGGGGUCCGGGCCCGCGGGAGGGGCCAGCGCAGGCGGGGGCGCCGCUGCCCACCUGCUGCUGGGAGCAGAUCCGCCCGCACGACCAACCCGGCGACAAGUGGCUGGUCAUCGAGCGUCGCGUCUACGACAUCAGCCGCUGGGCACAGCGGCACCCGGGAGGUAGCCGCCUUAUCGGCCACCACGGUGCUGAGGACGCCACGGAUGCCUUCCACGCCUUUCACCAGGAUCUCAAUUUUGUGCGCAAGUUCCUGCAGCCUCUGCUGAUUGGAGAGCUGGCCCCGGAGGAGCCCAGCCAGGAUGGACUCCAGAAUGCCCAGCUGAUUGAGGACUUCCGAGCUCUGCGCCAGGCAGCUGAGGACAUGAAGCUGUUUGAGGCCAACCCGACCUUCUUCGCUCUCCUGCUAGGUCACAUCCUGGCAAUGGAGGUGCUGGCCUGGCUCAUCGUCUACCUCCUGGGCCCUGGCUGGGUGCCCAGCGCCCUCGCUGCUGCCAUCCUGGCCGUCUCUCAGGCUCAGUGCUGGUGUCUACAACAUGACCUGGGCCAUGCUUCCAUCUUCAGGAAGUCCCGGUGGAACCAGGUGGCCCAGCAGUUUGUAAUGGGGCAGCUGAAGGGCUUCUCGGCCCACUGGUGGAACUUCCGCCACUUCCAGCAUCACGCCAAACCCAACAUCUUCCACAAAGACCCAGACGUGACCGUGGCACCCGUCUUCCUCCUGGGGGAGUCGUCUGUGGAGUAUGGCAAGAAGAAACGCAGAUACUUGCCCUACAACCAUCAGCACCUGUACUUCUUCCUGAUUGGCCCGCCCCUGCUCACUCUGGUGAACUUUGAAGUGGAAAAUCUGGCCUACAUGCUGGUGUGCAUGCAGUGGGCGGACUUGCUCUGGGCCGCCAGCUUCUACUCCCGCUUCUUCUUGUCCUACAUCCCCUUCUACGGAGUCCCUGGGGCACUGCUCCUUUUCGUUGCUGUCAGGGUCCUGGAGAGCCACUGGUUCGUGUGGAUCACACAGAUGAACCACAUCCCCAAGGAGAUCGGCCACGAGAAGCACCGGGACUGGGCCAGCUCUCAGCUGGCAGCCACCUGCAACGUGGAGCCCUCACCCUUCACCGACUGGUUCAGCGGGCACCUCAACUUCCAGAUCGAGCACCACCUCUUCCCCACCAUGCCGAGGCACAACUACCACAAAGUAGCCCCUCUGGUCAAGGCACUGUGUGCCAAGCACGGCCUCAACUACGAGGUGAAGCCCUUUCUCACUGCCCUGGUGGACAUUGUUGGGUCCCUGAAGAAGUCUGGCAACGUCUGGCUGGACGCCUACCUCCACCAGUGAAGGCAGCACCCAGGCAGGCAGAGGAGUGAGGCCCAGGCCCCAGCAAUCAACAAUUCGCCCAGCAGUCAACACCCUCACCUUCACCCCCCAGCCUGGGGGCUCCCUCCUGCCCUUCCUGGUCCUGCUCUGCUGCCCUCGGCCCCCUCGCCUGUCUGUUCAGUGGCCCUACGAGGGUGGCUCUGGGCCCAGCAGGACCUGGGGGUGGGGAUGGGACAUAAAGCCGCACGAUGAGCAUGGCAUGUUUUCCUGGA